AUGGAGAGGAGAAUUGGCGGCUUGGACUUACACGCGAGAUUACAUCCAGGGGAUUGGAAGCCCUGCUUACAAAUGGGCUUGGCGGCGGCAAAGGAGGGGAAUAAAUCCGGAAAAGAUGUGGAAACAAAACGCACUCACUCGCGGGUUUGCCGGAGGGAUUCCUCUGGCAGUUGCGAGGAUGGCGUCACUCCCUUUUCAGUUGUUUCGGCCAAGAGAAGUAAUAAGCUUCGUGACAACUUUGUGAGGCCCGAGAAAAUGUCAACAAACAACGCCGUCCGCAGCCUUUUUUUUACAGCAAACCCGGAAGAAUGGGAUGAAGUCAUUGUUAUUUCACACUCACCGCAAGUUGCUUACAUUACAACCUCCUCAAAUCGUCAAGCCUCUGUUGUGGGCUUCUCUAAUGGUACGGCCCAUUCGGAGCGUAGGGAAGAGGAGAAUAUCUACAAGGGUAAUAACAAUGAUAAUAAUAGCAGGAACAAUUGUUCUAGGGGACGUUUGGUCUCUCGUAACAAUUCUUUGGAUGAAACUGUGGUGCAAGUUGAACAAAGAGCUGUUAGUUCACCCAGUGGUUUUGUUGUUUUUAAGCGACCUCCACCCCACUCUGAGUCAGCAAAAGUAGCCCCUUCACCGAGUAUUGACCAUUGUUCUCGAAAAGAGAGCUCUAAAGUUUCCAGCAGCCCUAUUCACCGAAAAACAGUCAUUGACAGAAGCAUGGAUGAAGAUGUCAACCGUCCCUUGCGGGGUUCUGUGGUUUCCGAAGGUUACAGGCAUUCAGUGACCGGGAGUGAGAAGGCCUCGACGUGCCCGAAGGGUCUUUCCCGGCGCAGCCUCUUGCCACUGAGGCUGGAAAGCAUCGACGUUACGGGGAUUCGGAAAAAGAGCGAUGCCAUUCAGCAAUGGCUCAACGAGGUUGAGAGGGAAAAAAAUCGGCGGGUGUUUCCAUUGAAUGCACGACGGCCGCGUUCCCCUGCACGAAAUCCGGUGGAGGAAUGA